AAAAUAAAAAUAUAUCAUGACACGGUGCACAAUUCUACGAGCUACAAGAAAUCGCAAUAUUCUUUAAUCGUUCUAACGAAAGUGUAAAUGAUCGAUAAAGAUUCUUGUACAAUCGAGAGAUGCUCCUGACUAAGGAAUUAUUAAGGAAGAAUACGAUUACAAGGAGCUAGAGUAAUGUAAGAAAAAGAGAGAGAGAAAAAAUAUAUAUAUAUAGAAAGAUAGAGAGAAAAAGAGAGAGAAAUAGUGAUAAAGUGUGAAAAGAGAAGAAAAAAGGAAUAAAAAUACAUGUGUAAGAGUAGAUGUAAAUAUUUAUCCAAUUUACAUGUCGACAACGCUCCUAUCGUACGUUUGUUAAGUGUAUCGAUGAGCUCUCGCAAUGCGAUAUAAUCUUCCACCCAGUGAAUAUACAACGAAAGCAAUAUUACAGAUAAGGUAACCAAAGAGACAUGCGAAUGAUGCAAACCGCACGAUCCAUCCGAGAAAAAAUUUAACCUUUUUAUCCACUUAUAAAUACCAUAGAGCAGCGAUCCUCAAAGGAAAAAAAAAAGGAAGAGGAAGAAAAAGAAAAGAAAAGAAAAAAAAAGAGAAAAUAAAAUUAUGUACUUCAAUUGCACGAUCAAACGGGUACGUUUCUAAUCGUUAUACAUACAUACAUACAUAUAUACACACAUACAUACAUUAAAUGUGUACGUUAUUAAAAAAACGUAUGUGUCAGGACGGUUAUCGGAUAACUUAAAGGUUCGUCCAUCUUGAUCAUUAUUCGUCGAGUAUUCUCUGCUUUUGAACAGAAGAAAUAAAUCUCUAUAUACAUAUAUAUGUGUAUAUAUAUAUAUAUAAAUAUAGAUACAUAGCAUAUAUAUGUAUAUAUAUAUGUAUAUAUAUAUAUAUAUAUAGACUUCUAAUCACCGUGCAACGACAAUUAGGAUUAAAGUAUAAACACUGACGCUGUGUUGGAGAUUUAGUCAGAGAAAUUUACACCAAUAUAUGUAUAUGUAUAUAUAUACAUAGACACAUACACACAUACACACACCGGAAAACACACAUACGUAUAUAUAUAUAUAUAAAGCGAUUUACAAAAUCUUCGAUAAGAUUUUCUUCUAUUCGAUGAAGAGAGAUCAUCGUCGUUAAUAAUAAUAAAGCAUUAUUUAUCUACGAGAUCAAAACUUCGAUGAUAGUUUUGGACGUCGACGAUUUUACAACUGAGAAAGAGAAAGAAAACAAAGAAAAAGAAAAACAAGAAGAAGAAGAAGAAGGAUUAAUUUUUUUAACUGCAACCCACUUUUGGGGAUAGAAGAAAAAUAAGCAAGUAAGUAAGUAAAUAAAGUAAGUAAGUUAGUAAGUGUGAUGCCAGAUACGACGAUGGCGUAUUUAAAGAUUCGCAAAAGGAGGUUCAUGAACAGAAUGAUACGUUGAUGCAUUGAUCAAAGGACUCAAAGGCUUGUGAUCGGAGAGCAUUAUUAGGAGAUAAAACAAAGUAGGUCUAUGUGUAUGGUACGUAUGUAGACGUACAUACAUACAAUUUCAAAGAUUUAAAUUCAAUUCGAACGGUGAAAGGAGGGGAGGAAGGGAGGAAGAAAGGAACAUGAUGAACGAGAUGAAAUUGAUGUGAGCCAUAACGUUUCAUUAUCUCGAUAAAUAUGACGAGGGGAAUGUAAACGAGUUUGCGACAUUGAUUUGAAAUUCGACGAGAGGAGAUAGGGGAGACAAAGGAGACAAGAAAAGAGAAAAAGAAGGGAAGAAAAAAAAAAGAGGGGGAGGAUUUGAAAGUCUUUGAAGUAUCAAUGGCGGAGUAGUACAAAACGACGACGGAUCGAUUGUAUAUGUAACUGUUGUAUACUAAACGAUCAACGAGUCGUCUAUAUAUACCGGAUAGAAAAUUCUUUUAUUAUUCGCGAAAGGAAGAAGAAGAAAAAAAGAAAGAAAAAAAAGGAAAAAAAAAAGAAAAAGGAAACUAAAAUAAAUCUUCAAGAUGCCGCGCUGCUACAUGGUUAAGAAGGCCCUGUGCAACAAGUACAUUACCAGCGUUGCCAAAGGAUUCGAAAGCUGGGGUCGUGGUAGAAACACGCCAUCGCCAACGACCAUACAGUUGCCCGUUUCACCCAUAGAAGGGAGCGUUGCACCCACUGUUGCGCAAGACAUUACAACUACGGGGACGCCUACCAUCACCGAGAACAACAAUACGAAAGAAUCUACGAGCAAGAAGGAAGAUUUUGGGAUGGGUACUGCGUCGGAAUCUCCGAAGUUGCCUCAAGUAGAGAUGGCAACGGUGAUAGCUUACACGACAUCGGCUAGUAACGUAUCAACGCCGUCGUCCUUGGAAUCCAAUGACGUCAAAUUAACGACAACGACGGCUACCACCACGUUGACGACGAUUACGACGACGGCUACGACGACAACGGCGAAGACGAUGACGACGACAAUGACGAUGUCGAGCAUGCCGACGUCAAAGACGCGAGAACUUGGUACGACAAACGUUCUUUCGCCGUCUCAUCGUUCCUCGCAAAAUAAUCCAUCCAACUUGUCCUCUACCUGUACGUCUACGAGAUAUAUCAACGAUGACCCUACGGAACAUUCUAUCGACGAUACCAAAAUAAGAUCGACGUCUUGUUGCAACAACAGUAUAUCGUCCUCAAAUGUUUCCUCGAUGUUCAAAGAUCGUUCGGCCGCCGAGACCGAAGCAGCUCACGAUCUUCUCGAACUUUCAAGGUCGUUGCCACCUUUACCACCACCGAGCGUUGCGAUCGGUCCUCAAAGCGUCAUCGAAACACCUGCCACUGACGUUCAAGAGAUGACGGUGUACCAACCUGUCGAGCAACCAAUCUAUCAAGUAAACACGAUCGAUCUUACCGGUUCGGGUACCGUCUAUCAUCAUCAGCCACAGCAACAACCACCACCGCAGGCAGCAACGAGUAUCAUUUAUGAGCCGACAACGACGAUCGUUCAGCAAACAUCGGGUGGUGUCUUUAUACCACUCUCACCGGUUCAAGAGAUUCUCUUCACUUACAGUACGCCGUCCAUACCAUGUACGUCGAUUAUAACUCAACAACAACAACAACAACAACAACAGCAUCAGCAUCAGCAUCAGCAACCGAUGCAACAACAGCAUCAACAACAACAACAACAACAACAACAACAACAGCAACAACAACCACAACCACAACCACAACCACAACCACAACCACAACCACAACCACAACAACAACAACUUCAUCAUCAUCAGAGUCAACCGAUCGAGACAGCGCCGCCAUUGACACCACCUACGUCCGAAUGCAGCAGCGACAUAGAGAACAAUAAUCCUAAUUCUCAACCUAGCCAAAGAGACAAGGAAGUGCAAACUGUUACCGAACAAACGGAAGUUAAAGCUGCCACUUACACUUAUGACACAUUACUGGUCGCCGAUGGCAGGUCGAAAAACAAGAAGCUACUUUCUCUACAAAAGACACCGGAAACUGAACCAGCUGAAAAUUUGGAAACAUCGAAAACUGGCCGUUACGUCUGUUGCGAAUGUGGUAAACAAUAUGCAACCUCAUCGAAUUUAUCAAGACACAAGCAGACCCAUCGCAGUAUCGACUCACAAUCGGCAAAGAAAUGCAUUCAUUGCGGCAAAGCGUACGUUAGUAUGCCAGCUUUGGCAAUGCAUAUGUUAACGCACAAACUUACUCAUAGCUGCGGUAUUUGUGGAAAGAUGUUCUCAAGGCCUUGGCUACUUCAAGGUCAUUUACGUAGUCAUACAGGUGAAAAACCAUAUGGAUGUGCACACUGCGGUAAGGCGUUCGCCGAUCGUUCCAACUUAAGAGCCCAUAUGCAAACUCAUUCGGCCGAUAAGAAUUACGAAUGUCCUAAGUGUCAUAAGUCCUUUGCCCUUAAGUCGUACCUGAACAAACAUCUCGAGUCGGCGUGUCAAAGAGAAAACGGCGAUGAAAGUAGCAACGACGUUGACACCUCGCCGUAAAAAAUAUAAUGUGCCUGAAAAGAAACAAAGGAUUAAGACGACUAAUAUUUCAUAAAAUAACGACUACAGAAACGUGAUAAAUUUCGCACAUGCCAGUGAAAGAAAUAGACUACAAUAUCCAGGGCAACCGAGAGAUACGGAGAUCAACGGUCUACAAAUAAAAAAUAAAAAAGAAACAAGCAAAAAGGAACACGAUCAAAGGCCAACAUAGAUCCGAAUACGUAGUUGUACUCUUACGUAGGAGACACGCAACUUACCAUAGGUGAACCAGAAAGGGGAUUCCAAUGAGAUCGUUGCCCCGAUUAAACGAUCUCGACUAACAAACUCAUUCUAUUCGAUCACGCAUAUAUCGGAUCGAAGCAACAAUGGAUUCAUUUUUCAAAUUGAAAAAAAAGAGAUAAAGAAAGAGAGAGAGAGGAGAGAGAGAGAGAGAGAGAGAGAGAGAAGAGAAAGAUUGCUGCUUUCGAUCGCUUCGCUUGAAAACUUUCUACAGCUGUUAACUACAUUCGCGUUCGCUUAGUUCCAAAGCGAUUACACAAUAAUACGUAUGUUUCCUUCUCGAAGAGUUUCGCCGUGUUAAAAAAAAAAAAAAAAAGAAAAAAAGAAAAGAAAAGAAACGAAAAGAACAAAAAUAUUUGCGAAAUUUUUCUUUUAUCGGCCGGAGUGGGAUAGUGGGGAUGCAGGAGAGGGGAGGAAACAGGCAAGGACUUGGGGGAGGGGGGUUGGAUAAAUUUUUUUAUACAUAUACAUAUGUACACGAGACGCGCGAACGUCAAAGCGUCAUCUUUUCUAUAAGCCUGCUCUUCGACGUAUGUAUCUCGAUCGAAUUUGCAAAAGACAAAAAAAUAAUAUAUAUGUAUAUAUACAUACAUAUAUAUAUAUAUAAAGUUUGAAAAUCAUUUAAAAAAAAAGGAAAAAAAAACUCGGAAUAUCAUCGAAAAUAGGAUAAUCAUGAGAGAUUAUCGUGAGAACGUUGUGAUAAUGAGUCAUAAAAAAAACAAAAAACAAAAAAAAGAACAAGAAAAAAAAAUGAAAUUUGAUCUAUAAAUCAAUAGGAUCGAUUUCACAGACCAGUUUCGAACUUAUUAUUAAUAUUUCCUAAUCUUCGAGAAAUUUUAUUAAUUAAGGCGAAAAUUUACCGAAAAUGUGACCGAAAAUGUACUAUGCUUGUACAUACGUACAUGCAUACAUGUAUACAUGCAUACGUGCAUACGUACAUACAUACAUACUCACAUACAUGUAUACAUACAUACAAAUUACAAUCACGUUUGUACUCGCGAAAAUGUAUAAAAAGGGAAAUUUAUUUUGAAACGAUACUAACGUUACGUAUACAUAUAUACAUAUAUAAGUACGUAAGGUCCAACAACGAGAGAACUGACUUUGGAGAAUCACAUCAGCCUGUAUAUGUGUGUAUAUACAUACAUACACAUAGAUAUAUAUAAUAUAUACUUGCAUACAUUCAUACAUACAUGCAUAGAUAUGUUUCUGGUGAGAAAGGAUGAUAAUAUCCGUUUAUAGUAAACACAUCUGUUUUGUCUUUAAAACGAAGUCAGUCCUCGUUUAAUCUUCUCAAAUAAAUUUCCCAUUUAUCAUAACGUAUUCGCGAUCAUUUUGAUAUCUCGAGAUUAACGUCCUUUGAACGAAAAAAAAAAAAAAAAAAAAAGGAAGAAUGAAAAGAAAAGAAAUAGAAAAAUGAACAAUGAAAAAGAAGACGAAAGGAAAGAAUUAAAAGAAGAAGAAGAACAAAUGAACAAAAAAAUAUAUACAUAUAUACAUAUAUGUAUAUGUAUAUAUAUGUAUACGUAUGUGUAUAUCUAUAUAUGAUAUAUACGAGAAACCGGAUAAGAGUGAAAUGAUAAAAAUGAACAAAAAAUCGUUGCAAUAUUAUCGAGGGACCAUUAUUUUGUCGGAUAACGAAGACGAAGAGAAGUACUUUAAUGCUUUUUUAAAAAGCGUCGAGGGAAGAUAAAUAAGUAAUCGAAUAAAAAAAAAAAAAAAAGGAGAAAAAAAAAG